AUGCAUUGCUCACUGAAACCACGCGCAACUGCAGGUCAUGCCCUCAUCUUCACCUUUCUUCCGCUCCUGGGCAAGCUGAACAUCGCCUUCGAUGGGGACGAGGGUGUGGAGGCGCAGCGAUACGAACUCAAAGAACACACCGAGUUGCCAGCACAGCCCUCGGAGCCGCCGCCACCACUGCCAGACCCUGCCGCGGACAAACACAAGACACCGCAGGCCACAAUCGAGGAGCAAGAAGCCGCAAAAGACACCAAAAACAAUGAAGCCACGCGGGGGAAGUGGAAGAACAAGGCUGAGUUCCUGCUGUCGUGCAUCUCUAUGUCCAUCGGCUUUGCUAACAUCUGGAGGUUCCCGUUCGUGGCUCUGGAGAACGGCGGCGGUGCAUUCCUCAUCCCUUACCUGAUCGUGGUGCUGUUCAUUGGCAGACCGAUGCACUACCUGGAGCUCAUCCUGGGACAGUUCUCCUCCUGUGGCCCCAGUCAGGUGUGGGAGAUGCUGCCCGCGUUCAAAGGUGUUGGCUACGGACAGAUGCUCAUCAACUGGUUCGUGUCCACCUACUACAUCUCGCUGAUGGCCACCUGCAUGUUCUUCUUCUUCGCCUCCUUCAACCAAGAGCUGCCGUGGGCGUCGUGCGGGCUUUGGGCGAGCGAGGCGUGUGUGGAUGCCGCGACCAACGUUACCAUGCUACAGGAAGGCACGUCGGCCACGGAGGAGUACCUGAUGAAACAGGUUCUAAAAGUGGACUUCGAGGGGCUCCGCAGCGGCCUCGGUCUCCCGGACUUCCACCUAAGCAUGUGUCUGGUGGCGUCCUGGGCGGUGGUGUUCAUGGUCCAGAUACAUGGCAUCAAGACCUCGGGGAAGGCCGCCUACUUCACUGCCAUCGUGCCCUACGUACUGCUGCUGGCGCUGCUCAUAAGGGGCGUGACUCUGCCGGGCUCAGCUGAAGGCAUCAUGUACUUCCUGACGCCGAGAUGGGAGAAGUUACUGGACAUACAGGUGUGGCUGGCGGCCGUAACCCAGGCGCUGUUCAGCCUGACCAUCGGCACCGGCGGUGUGACCACGAUGGCCUCCUACAACGACUUCAGGAACAACAUCUACGUGGACGCAGCCUUCAUCUCCGUGGCGGACACCGUGACCGCCUUCCUCUCCGGCGUCACCACCUUCGCCAUCCUGGGCCACCUGGCGGUCCUAAUGGGCGUGGACCUUCCCGACGUGGUGCAAGGGGGUGGUACGUCCCUUGCCUUCGUCAGCUACCCCGAUGCCCUGGCGAGGUUCCCGUGGCUGCCGCAGAUGUUCUCCGCGCUGUUCUUCUUCAUGAUGUUCACGCUGGGGCUGGGCACCAUAGUGGGGGCGACCAGCGUGCUCAUCACCGCCGUCAAGGACAACUUCCCGCAGCUUCAGACGUGGACGGUGAGCCUGUCCGUGUGUCUAGUGGGCAUGUUCUCAGGACUCGUCUACGUUACGCCGCAGGGACAGCACGUGCUAACCCUGGUCAACCACUACAGCGCCAACCUGUCCGCCCUGCUGCUGGUGACGAUGGAGGUGGCGGGCGUGGCCUGGGUGUACGGGCUGCGCCGCCUUGCUGCCGACAUUCACUUCAUGCUGGGCCGCUCCACGGGGGUGUUUUGGAAGGCGAGCUGGCUGCUGGUGAACCCGCUGUUCCUCGCCGGCGUCCUCGUGUACAGCCAGACGCAGGCCACCGUGCUCUCCUACGGUGACUACGUCUACGGCACAACAGAAACGGGUCAGUCUGGUGCAGGGCUGUAA